UCAUCCAGCAAUAGAAAAAUAUUCGUGAAAAAUCUUCUCCGUCGCUGUCGAGGUUGACAUAACAAAAGAAGGGUUUUUAUCCGUAUUUUCUGCUGCUUAUAAGAACAAAAACUUUAUUAAACAUGCAAGGAAUUGGUUGGGCCAGUUUGAAGAAGAAUCCAGCUCUUCUUCCAUUGUACUUUUGCGUUGGUGUCGGAGCCCUUGGAGCUACCUUCUACAUCUUCCGUUUGGCCACCAGGAAUCCAGACGUAACAUGGAACCGCUCCUCCAACCCCGAACCAUGGGAAGAGUACAGGACCAAGCAAUACAAGUUCUAUUCUCCCAUCCGGGAUUAUAGCAAAAUCGAGAGUCCUGCACCCAAAUACGAGUAAAGAUGAAUGUAUUUUCCAAAGAAAAGUGAUCAUUUCGAGGUUUAUUUUAAGGAUUAGAGUGUGAAAUGCUAAAUAAAGGUAGUCUGUGCUACUCGAAAAACACAAA